AUGCGUGAUUCCACGCCGGCGAAAGCUCCACCGAUUCAUCCGGGCGAAAUUCUGACUGAUGAGUUCUUGCGUCCGUUGAAAAUAUCCCAAUACCGAUUGGCAAAGUCAAUUGGAGUCGACCCUCGUCGGAUCCAUGCGAUAGCCAAUUGCGAAAGGUCGAUUACGGCACAGACAGCCCUUCUGCUGUCGCGGUUUUUCGGCAAUUCGCCAACUUUCUGGAUGGGGAUACAAACCCAAUACGAUUUGGAGAAUGCGGCUGACGCGCUGGCCGACCAGCUGGAACUGGUGGUUCCCAUGCAGACAAAUUAA